AUGUUGGAGACAAGGUUCGAGGACUGGAAAUGUGUGGAGAGAAGGUUUGAGGAGUGGAAAUGGUGGAGAAGGAAGGAACGUGGGAAGGGCGAGUGGAGAUCUAUUCGGUCCGCUAAGCUCAGUGGCACGAUUCCUCCCGAAGUUUACAGACUCACAAAACUGAGGCUCCUGGACCUUGCAGUGAAUCGCUUCAGUGGCUCAAUCCCAACUGCGGUCGGCAAUCUUACCAACCUGUGUUACUUGUAA